AAACUCAGAGAAGGAAAAAAAAAAAAAAAAAAAUUAUUUGUAAGAAGGAGAGCAAAUAAACGCUCAAAAACCUCAAAACUCCAAAGAGAGCCAAAAAGUUAGUAUUCCACUAGUUCGAUCAAGAAAGAUGGAAUGGAGAAAAUGUUAUCUUGAUGUUAUACUUGUACCACUAGGUUUCAUAAUAAUCACUACUUAUCAUAUUUGGUUAUGGCAAAAAGUUCGAACUCAACCGGAGACCACCAUCAUCGGAAUCAAUAGCAGAGGUCGCCGUUUGUGGGUCCAAUCUAUCGUCAAGGACAAUGAUAAGAAAAACAUUCUGGCUGUCCAAUCACUAAGAAAUGCCAUAAUGGGAUGCAGUCUAAUGGCAACAACUUCAAUCCUACUCUGUUCUGGACUAGCAGCUGUUAUAAGCAGCACAUAUAGCGUGAAGAAACCGCUGAACGAUGCCGUUUACGGGGCACACGGAGAAUUCAUGGUGGCGUUGAAAUACGUUACACUUUUAACAAUCUUUCUCUUUUCAUUUCUAUGUCACUCUCUUUCUAUAAGAUUCAUAAACCAAGUGAAUAUCCUAAUCAAUGCUCCAAUGGACCCCACAAUCUCUUUCAUCACGACAGAUUAUGUGACAGAUCUUUUGGAAAAAGGUUUCCUUCUAAACACAGUUGGGAACAGACUCUUCUAUGCAGCUCUUCCUCUCCUUCUUUGGAUAUUUGGUCCUGUGGUGGUUUUCCUCUGCUCUGUGACAAUGGUCCCUGUGCUUUACAAUCUGGAUUUUGUGCUACGAAGCAGUGAAAAGGGAAAGAGUAGUGUGAAUGGGAAUGGCAAUCAAGAAGUUGAGUUCAGUGAUAAUGUCUGAAAGAAAUUAAUAAUAUUAAUCAUGUGUUAUAUAUUGCGGGUUUUCCCACCUGAUUUGCACGUGAUCAGGAUCCAAAAUGAGAGAAACAGAGAGAGAGAGAGAGAGAGAGGUUAAUUAGGUCAUGGUUUGAGAACCAAAAGGAAGGUCAAUUACUUUAUAUAUAUAUUAUAUAAUGUUGCGAAAUAAAAAAAAAAAGAAAAAAAAAGUGCAAUUGCAAAAGAAUAUGUAAGUUCAAUUUGCCCUCUUGAUAUAAAAUAAAUGUCACAUAAUAUAUAUAUAUA